AUGAAUAGCGUAUUUAUACUCAUAAAUUCGUUGGUAAUUUCAACAUGUGUGUGUUCCUUUUCCGACUUAACACGCGAAAAUGACGCAAGCGGGGCGGUAGUGGUUGAUAGCGUUAUUUCUAAGUUACGCCGCAGUUGUUUAUUCGACGACCACCUGUUGUAUCUACGGCGUAAGGCUUACGUUGACACGCAUGACGGUACUAAUCCGUAUACGUUUGUUAUGGGAUUUCAAGGAGGGAUAUGGAAGAUUGAUGUCUCAGAUUUCAAUGCAACGAAGACAGAACGACGUCUGCAGACAUUGCGAGAUCAAAUUUCGCAAAAUUUUGCUAUCAGAUGGGAUAAGGUAGCAUAUGAUGAUCUUAGAAAACCCCUGUAUUCUGCCAUCGCCUCUGAGCUGUCCGCCAUUUUGAAAUCUGGUAGUCAAGGUAUUCCGAUCACAACCGAGGCUCAAGCCUCGUUCUGGGCAAAUGGUACCCAGCUUAAGGAGAAAUUUAUAAACGAAACAGCGGAACUGGAGAAAGGCAUAGAGUUCGCCCACAACGUUGACAUAGUGUUUGUUCUGGACAGCUCUGCCAGUAUGUCUCCCAUGGAUCUGGAGAGGUCCAAGCAGUUUGUGUCCACGAUUGUACAGGGACUCGACACGGACAGUGGAAAAGUGCAAGUUGCGGUAGUGGUCUUCAGCACAGUGGCGUACCCGAAACUCGCCCUGAACAACUUCUACCAAAAGCACGCCCUCCUAAACGUUAUCGCCAACAUCACUUACACACCUGGUGGCACCAGCACCGCCGCCGCUCUCACACACGUCAUUGACAACGUGUUUCAGCCCGCCAAUGGUUUAAGGCCUAAUUCUGCAAAGAUUGUGGUGUUGGUGACGGACGGACGGUCGGACGACAGCCCCGCGACGGUGGAGGCAGCGGGCCGUCUCCGCUACUCCGGCGCCACCAUCACAGCUGUCGGCGUCGGCGAAUUUCUGGAUAAGCAAGAGUUGCGUCUAGUUGUCAGCGAACCACAGUGUGUCUACACCCAGUAUGUAAGCAACUUUGACACGCUGCCAGGAGUCGCCCACCAGACUGUCCUCAUGGCUAGUCAAGAGCCUGUCAGACUGACGCCUACAUCGUACAUGUUCCAGUGUGGCUCCGACAUAAACCUGGAGGUGCUGCCACAAACAAGUGGUGUCACUGUGGAGAUAAAGACGUUUUCCGGCGCCCUGGCCGUGUACGGCUCACCCACUAAUUCCUACAUCCCGAGCGAAGCGCUAUACGAAUUCAACGAAACGGCCUUGACCUCGUCGCCCCUGGUGAUACACGUGCGUGAUACGUCACGUUUACUUCUAGCCAUCCGGAACGUGACGUCAUCAAGCUGCACUACUUAUUUCGCGGUGGAAGUCAAGGUCGGAAAUCACCUGCGAAUAAACGACCGGAUGUUGUGUGUGGCGGGUGGGCUGAUGUCGGACUGUGGUUUCGAUGACUUUACAAGCAGUCCCUUCAUCAUCACCGACACGCCAUCUCCCAGUAUAGCGGCCUUGCUGCCAUGCCAGGGCGCGGAUAUGUACCGCGCAGCCUACCCCGGACAGCCAACUCGCUUCCUGUUCUGUUCUUCGGGUAAGCUGAUCGUGGUUUCCUGCGAACAAGGACAGCAUUUCGACGCCAGCUCCUACAGCUCACGACCGACAACGACCGCGACACCAAUGCCGCAGCCGACCAAACGGUGUCCGGAACACCAGCAUUGGUCGCCUCUUGCUAACAGGUGCCUUAGCAGUUUCGUUCACGACCUUGAUCGUAACGAAGAUCUUGACAUACCCAACCCAUGCGUUGAGACAGGGCCCUACGCGGAUCUUCAGUUCUAUGAGUUCCCCGGAGACCAUACUAGAUAUAUCCAUUGUGAUCAGUACGGGGACGCCUACCUAAAAUACUGCCCUAAGAAUACGGUCUGGGUUCAGCAUUCCAGGUCCUGUGCCGUCGGGUAUAUAGUCGGUUAA